UAAUGUUCUGGUGUUGGCCUGUUGAAAGUCCUCAGAAAUCACCCCAGAGAUCUUGUUUCUUAACCUAGAGUAGGCAAAGCUCACUACCCUCCCAGCCCACGCUUGCCUUCUCUAUCCAAGUGGCUCAGAACUGUGGACUGGGGCAGGAGGGAGGACUGAACGACUAGGACUCUGUAGAGUCUUUGUAGCUAAGAGAUUUGCUAUUGAAUGAGGCAGAUCUGAAUUCAACUUGGCUUCUAGCUGUGUAACCUCUCUUCUUGAUCUGUAAAAUGGGAUUAUGUCCGUACCUAGCUGCUAAAAUUGUUGGGAGGACUAAAGCCUGAUAGUGUGAACUAUUCAUAUUGGCUAGAGGGGCUGGGGAAGAGGACGUCUGGAGUUGGGAGAAUUCUGGAUGUCUGGAGGAAGAACUGGGGGCAGGGCAUGGAGUCUUUCACUUCCAGAAAGGCGGGAAUAGGACAUCAGGCUGGAAGUGUGGGGCUGGAACUCCCCCAACCUCCCCGUAUCAGAACUCCUCCCAGUGACCCAAAUAAGCCAAUCUGUUUAAGCAGAGAGGCCCAGGGGAAGACCGGCUUCCCAAAUCUGAGCUGGGGGUUGGGGAGACACAGAAGGUAGGGUCUGGAUAAAUGGGAGUUUCUCUUGAUUCUAAGAAGCUGGAAGGGACCUGGCAAACAGCCUCUGGGAGAGUCUGGGGGAGUCCUAGGCAAGUCUUGACAGAAACGAUUAUUAGGCAGGAUAUGUCUGAGACCAACCCCUGGGGAAAUUGAGAGAGACGAAAGAAGGCUGAGUACCUCAGAUGAGGAAUUAUAAGGAGUAGCCUGAGCUGUAACAUCCCCCAUGUUGGCUGGUGCUGUAGCAGGAGGGAUGGAAGUUACACUGCAGGAAGGACUUCCUGCCAGGGAGGAAUGUGCAUGUCAGAUGGAAGUGGAUUAUUUAUUAGAGUUGGAUUAGCCCGGGGAUGUCUGUGCUCUUUAACGUGCAGUCAGCUGACCAUGUUGAGUGGGCAGGAACCUACCCACUUUGUAGGCCAUGGAGUUCUUGCCGCGGGAUGCCUCAUUAACCCUGCGUUAUGAGGCUCCCCCUGGAGCCUUUGAGGAGGGGUAAGCAGCCAUCUUUGGGGGUUGGGCGCCUCCAAAGUGUGGUCCAGUGAGCAUGAGUUCAGAUGAGAAAUGUUCUGGGCUUCCUACUGGCCUGAUUUUUGGGCUUCCUAUUGGCCUGAUGUCAAGGAGUGAUGGAGAUUAGACUACAAGGGGGACUUCCUCAGCAAAAUCACAGAUAAGAGCCUAAUACAAUUCUUUCCUUUUUUAAGAAAGAUUAUGGCCCAGCUGAGAGUGGGAGGUUUAAAGGUUAGACCACUGCAGGGACUUCCCAGUAGGUAGGAGUGGAGAGACCCCACCUUGUGGGUAAGUGAAAAGAGGAAUAUGUCAUGUCCCCUAUCUGGGAAAUCUUGAGCAAGAGGAGAAACCACUGCUGGGCUGGUUAGACUGGCUGUGACAUGAUGGAGAGACAGGGGAAUCACUGAAAUGACCUAGAAGGUCCUCUUAAACUUUCUGGUUGGACCGAGCAAGAGGAGGGAGAGAGAGGUGUGUCUCUUGUGAGAGCUCCCUGGUGACAGUCUGUGGCUGAGCAUGGCCCUCCCAGCCCUGGGCCUGGACCCCUGGAGCCUCCUGGGCCUUUUCCUCUUCCAACUGCUCCAGCUGCUGCUGCCGACGACGACCGCGGGGGGAGGCGGGCAGGGGCCCAUGCCCAGGGUCAGAUACUAUGCAGGGGAUGAACGUAGGGCACUCAGCUUCUUCCACCAGAAGGGCCUCCAGGAUUUUGACACUCUGCUCCUGAGUGGUAAUGGAAAUACUCUCUAUGUGGGGGCUCGAGAAGCCAUCCUGGCCUUGGAUAUCCAGGAUCCAGGGGUCCCCAAGCUAAAGAACAUGAUACCGUGGCCAGCCAGUGACAGAAAAAAGAGUGAAUGUGCCUUUAAGAAGAAGAGCAAUGAGACACAGUGUUUCAACUUCAUCCGUGUCCUGGUUUCUUACAACGUCACCCAUCUCUACACCUGUGGCACCUUCGCCUUCAGCCCUGCUUGUACCUUCAUUGAACUUCAAGACUCACACCUGUUGCCCAUCUUGAAGGACAAGGUCAUGGAGGGAAAAGGCCAAAGCCCCUUUGACCCCGCUCACAAGCAUACGGCUGUCUUGGUGGAUGGGAUGCUCUAUUCUGGUACCAUGAACAACUUCCUGGGCAGUGAGCCCAUCCUGAUGCGCACACUGGGAUCCCAGCCUGUCCUCAAGACCGACAACUUCCUCCGCUGGCUGCAUCCGGACGCCUCCUUCGUGGCAGCCAUCCCUUCGACCCAGGUCGUCUACUUCUUCUUCGAGGAGACAGCCAGCGAGUUUGACUUCUUUGAGAGGCUCCACACAUCCCGGGUGGCUCGAGUCUGCAAGAAUGACGUGGGCGGCGAAAAACUGCUGCAGAGGAAGUGGACCACCUUCCUGAAGGCCCAGUUGCUCUGCACCAAGCCGGGGCAGCUGCCCUUCAACGUCAUACGCCACGCAGUUCUGCUGCCCGCCGAUUCUCCCACAGCUCCCCAUAUCUACGCAGUCUUCACCUCCCAGUGGCAGAUUGGCGGGACCAGGAGCUCUGCGGUUUGUGCCUUCUCUCUCUUGGACAUUGAACGCGUCUUUAAGGGGAAAUACAAAGAGUUGAACAAAGAAACUUCACGCUGGACUACUUAUAGGGGCCCUGAGACCAACCCCCGGCCGGGCAGUUGUUCGGUGGGCCCCUCCUCUGAUAAGGCCUUGACCUUCAUGAAGGACCAUUUCCUGAUGGAUGAGCAGGUGGUGGGGACGCCCCUGCUGGUGAAAUCUGGUGUGGAGUAUACACGGCUUGCAGUGGAGACAGCCCAGGGCCUUGAUGGGCACAGCCAUCUUGUCAUGUACCUGGGAACCACCACAGGGUCGCUCCACAAGGCUGUGGUGAGUGGGGACAGCGGUGCUCAUCUGGUGGAAGAGAUUCAGCUGUUCCCUGACCCCGAACCUGUUCGUAACCUGCAGCUGGCCCCCACCCAGGGUGCAGUGUUUGUAGGCUUCUCAGGAGGUGUCUGGAGGGUGCCCCGAGCCAACUGUAGCGUCUAUGAGAGCUGUGUGGACUGUGUCCUUGCCCGGGAUCCCCACUGUGCCUGGGACCCUGAGUCUCGAACCUGUUGCUUCCUGUCUGCCCCCACCCUGAACUCCUGGAAGCAGGACAUGGAGCGGGGGAACCCAGAGUGGGCAUGUGCCAGUGGCCCCAUGAGCAGGAGCCUUCGGCCUCAGAGCCGCCCGCAAAUCAUUAAAGAAGUUCUGGCUGUCCCCAACUCCUUCCUGGAGCUCCCGUGCCCCCACCUGUCAGCCUUGGCCUCUUACUACUGGAGUCAUGGCCCAGCAGCAGUCCCAGAAGCCUCUUCCACUGUCUACAAUGGCUCCCUCUUGCUGAUAGUGCAGGAUGGAGUUGGAGGUCUCUACCAGUGCUGGGCAACUGAGAAUGGCUUUUCAUACCCUGUGGUCUCCUACUGGGUGGACAGCCAGGACCAGUCCCUGGCCCUGGAUCCUGAACUGGCAGGCAUCCCCCGGGAGCACGUGGAGGUCCCGUUGACCAGGGUCAGUGGUGGGACCGCCCUGGCUGCCCAGCGGUCCUACUGGCCCCACUUUGUCACUGUCACUGUCCUCCUCGCCUUAGUGCUUUCAGGAGCCCUCAUCAUCCUCCUGGCCUCCCCACUGGGAGCACUCCGGGCUCGGGGCAAGGUUCAGGGCUGCGAGACCCUGCCCCCUGGGGAGAAGGCCCCAUUGAGCAGAGAGCAACACCUCCAGUCCCCCAAGGAAUGCAGGACCUCUGCCAGUGAUGUGGACGCUGACAACUGCCUAGGCACUGAGGUGGCUUAAACUCUAGGCACAGGCUGGGGCUGCAGGGCAGGCACCUGGCCAUGCUGGCUGGGUGGCCCCAGCACAGCCUUGACUAGGAUGAGAGCAGCACAAAAGACCACCUUUCUCCCCUGAGAGGAGCUUCUGCUACUCUGCAUCACCGAUGGCACUCAGCAGGGUGAUGCGAAGCAGUCUGCCUCCCCUAUGGGACUCCCUUCUACCAAGCACACGAGCUCUCUAACAGGGUGGGGGCUACCCCCAGACCUGCUCCUGCGCUGAUAUUGAAGAACCUGGAGAGGAUCCUUCAGUUCUGGCCAUUCCAGGGACCCUCCAGAAACACAGUGUUCCAAGAGACCCUAAAAAACCUGCCUGUCCCAGGACACUAUGGUAAUGAACACCAAACAUCUAAACAACCAUAUGCUAACAUGCCGCUCCUGGAAACUCCACUAUGAAGUUGCCACUUUGAACACCAACACUCCCCUCUCCCAGGGUCAUGCAGGGAUCUGCUCCCUCCUGCUUCCCUUACCAGACAUGCACCACUGACUUCCAGGAAGUCUUUCCUGAAGUCUGACCACCUUCCUUCUUGCUUCAGUUGGGGCAGACUGUGAUCUCUUCUGCCCUGGGAGAAUGGUAGGGGUAAUCUGAGCCUUGUUCACUCCUUUACCCUAGCUGACCCCUUGACCUCUCCCCCUCCCUUUUCUUUUGUUUUGGGAUUCAGAAAACUGCUUGUCAGAGACUGUUUAUUUUUUAUUAAAAAGACAAAGCUUAUGUAUGA